AUAAACUAAACCCUCGAUAGUAUCGAUAGCGACACGAUGAUUUUGCAUCACUAGCUGACAGCAGCGUCAACGACAACAGCGGCGACGGCAGCAAAGGCAGCCGCAGUAGCAGUAGGAGGAAAGCAGCGCAGCCGCUAAUCUUUUGCUUUGCCGUCGGUCGCGUCGCAAAAGCAACAAAACACUAAAAAUUAAAAGCAAAAAGACGACGACGACGCAGUAGAAGAAGAAGAAGAAGCAGCAGCAGCAGCAGUAGAAGAAGAAGCAGUAGUUGAAGAAGAAGAAGAAACAGCAGCCGCAGCAAUUGAAGAAGAAGCAGCAGCACCAAGCACUUGAUGAGCAAAUUAAAUAAAGCAAAUCAAUAAACAUAACAAUAACAAUAAAACAAAAACCGAAAAACAUCAAAGGAAAAAUUAAGAACAAACGCUGCAUCUCAUUUUUUUUUUGGUUUUGCAAAACAAAUAAAACUAAAGUGGCGUCAAAAAAACAAAAAGAACGAAAAAAACAAUAAUCAACGUGAAAAAUAAAAGCAUUUUUGACGUGUUUGUUUGUGUGCGUGUGUGUGUGUUUGUGAGUGGCGGCCAAAGCGGCGAAGCGGGCAGCAGCGCAGCGGCAAAGGCAGCGGUGCGGCGCUAGAAAAUAUGUGGAUAGCCAGCAAAGGCGCCGCCGCAGCAGCAGCGCUAAACAACAACAACAUCAGCAAGAACAACAACAACAACAAUAGCAGCGACGUCGCAGCAGCCGCCGCCAGAGCCACCGCGUGGAAAGCAAACAAAAGCAGCGCAUGACCGACGCAGGCAGCGCAGCAGCAGCGAGCGAAUUAAUUUGCUUUAAAUCGAAAUAAAUGCAAAUAAAGUGCAACACAAAACAAACGAAACAAACAAAUAUAUAACAACAAUAACAGAAGUAAACGCAGUAGAAGUAGACUCAGCUAAAGAAGAAGAAGAAGACGAACAAAAAGAAGCAGCAGCAAGAGCAAAACAAGAAGAAGCAGCAGCAAACGCAAACGGAAGAGGAAGAAGCAGCAAACGUGCAAUAACAACAAGAACAACGAGAACGCUACAACAACAAGCAAGCAAGUGAAGUGAGUGAGAACGAGCGAGCGAGCAAGAGUGUGGAGGAGUGCAAAAAAGCGAGAGUGAGAGCGAGAGAGACUCGCAUUAAAACCGAAACGUAAAUAAUAAUAAAUAAAUUACAAAAUUUAAUAAUAGAAGCAAAGCAGUCGAGCUUGCAACAACAAUUUUCGAACGUCGCCGUCGUCGUUGUUGUUGUUGUUCUCUUGGCUGUUGUUGUUGUUGCCAUGGCCAGCAUCAACAUCAACAACAACAGCAGCAGCAGCAUAACAAAUGCAACACAAGCAACAACAACAACAACGCUGCCAUCGCUGUUUAACGGCAACAACAACAACAACAACUGCAACACUGGCAGCAGCAACAACAACAAUAACAACAACAACGUAAACGUUGCCGCCAAAGAUAUGGACGGACUGAUUGCCAUCAAUGAUAGCGCAUUAUCGCAACAAAUCGAAUUUAUACUACAAGAUGCUCCCAUGGAGCAGGAUGACGAGCAACAACAGUUGCAGCUGCAACAGCAGCUUCACAUGGCGGCGUCCAAGCUCGACAACCACCCACCGACAACAAAUGCAACAAUAACGACAGCAACAACCGCAGCAGCAGCAGCAGCAACCACAACAAACAACAGCGCUUCCCCAUACAUCAACAACAACAGCAUCAUCAGCAACAACAAUAACAGCAACAGCAAUCACAGCAACAACAGUCUAAGUGUUGAAGAUCAACAGCAACUGUUGCUGCAACAACAUCGCGCACAACAGCAGCAGCAACAUCAUCUGCUCAAUGGACGUCGCAUCAUUAUACAAUCAACCACUUGCGGCAGUGGUGGCAACUCUGUUCUCUCGGCCAGCGACAUUAAAGAGGAGCAACUGGAGCAGGACGAUGACGAUGAUGAUGAACAGCAUCAUCAGCAGUUAACGCAACAUCAGAAUCAUCAUCAUCAUCAUGGAGACGAGGACGAUGAGGGCGAAGAGGAGGAGGAGGAAGAUCCCGAAUUGAACGAUGAGAAUCUGCAGGACAUUGAGGAGGAGGCGCAGGCAGCCGAAGCCGAUGAGGAGCCCGAAACGGCGGCAACAACACACUUGCAGCACACGCAAACACAUCUGCAUCACCAUCCGCAUCAUCAGCAGCAACAUCAACAUCAUCCCCACCAACAACAGCAGCAAUUGCAACAGCAGCAGCAGCAACAACUGCAGCAACAUUUGCAGACUCAGGUGAAGCUGGAGCUGAACGAGCUGCCCGACGAUGAAGAGGAAGAUGAGGAGGACGAGGACGAGGAUGAGCACAUGGCGCAGUCGACAACAGCGCAACAACAGCAACUCGAGACGCUGCAGCAGCAACUGGAGUACACGACGGGGACACAGCAACUGGUGUUGCCAGCCGGAAGCAUUGUGAGCACUACAACGCGCGCGUUGGCGGUUCCGGUGUCGGAGGCGGCAUUGGUGCAGCUGCAACGUCGCCCCGUGUACAUCAGCAAUGCGACGAUGAGCAGUUUGGCUGGUGCCACGUAUGUGCGAAUGCCGGCGGCGGCGGUGAUCAGUCGCAGUCCGAUGACGGUGCUCAAUGUGGUGCAACAGACGGGCGGACCGACGGCUCAGCUCAUAUUGCAGGCGGCGGCAGCAGCAGCGGCGCCACAACAGCAGCAAUCAACUGCUGGUGCAGCAGCAACCGCUGCAGCAACGACAGCAACAACUGUUGCUACGCCAUCGCCCAGCAAUGAGCAACAAUUGGCUGCCAUAGCGCUUGCCCAGCAACAACAGCAGCAACAACAACAGCAGCAGCAACAACAGCAGCAACAACAACAGCAGCAGCAGCAGCAACAACAACAUCAUCAGUCCAUUAAACCAGCGCCAGCCACGAGCAAUGUGGCAACAUCGACGACCAGCUAUCAGUGCAUGGAAUGCGUGGAAAAGUUCGACUCUAAAGAGCUCUUUGACAUCCAUCGCAGCGGGCACGCGAACAACAUGAAGUGCGCCAUCUGCAACAUGGUCUUGAAAUCGCUAAAGAACUAUGAGAAGCACUGUUUGCGCUGCAAACCCUACGAAUGCCAGAUCUGUGGACGUGUUGUCCGCUUUCGUCCCAACUUCAUCAAGCAUAUGCGCGUCCACACUGGCCAACAGUCGGAGCGGCACAAAUACAAAUGCGAGGUGUGCCACAAGGAGUUUAUGAGCUUUGAGUACUUUAAGGUCCACAAGAAGAUCCACAACGAGAAUGUGAAUCUGACGUGCGAGAUCUGUGGCAAGGUGUUCAGUGCGCUCGCCUCGUUGCGCGGACACUCCAAGCUCCAUUCAGGCGUCAAGCUGCACAAAUGCGAUGUGUGUGGCAAGGGCUUUGGACAGCGCUACAAUCUGAAGAUUCAUGCGCGCACGCACACUGGCGACUUUCCGUUUGAGUGCAAGGUGUGCAAAAAGAAGCUGCACACGCAAUCGUCGCUGCAGACACACAUGCAGGUCCAUCUACGCGAUCAGCCCAAAAACGGCAGCAGCAGCGGCAGCAACAACAAUAAUAGCAGCAGUAGCAGCAGCAACAACAGCGCCGCCAGCAGCAACAACAGUAGUAGCAGCGGCAACGGCAGCAACAUCAACAAUGCAGCUACUGUUAAAAUCGAACCCGAUUUGCAGCAACACCAACAGCAGCAGCAGCAACAGUUGCAGUCACAUGAAAUGGAACUGGACGAACAGUCGGGCUUGAGUGAGGAUGAACACGAUGGUGUUGUGUCCGGUGUUGGUGCUGCUGCUUCGCUGCAUAAUUCGUCGACCAAUAACAAUCGCUUAACCACCGGCGAGGAUUCGUCAAAUGAAUCCUCCUCGAAUGCCUCGCUACAACAGCCGCACUCGAAUUCGGCCAGUUCAUCGCAACACUCGCAACAACAUCAGCAACAACAACAGCAGCAGCAACAACAAUAUAUUGUUGCGCCGCCGCGUUCGAUUGUCAUCAAGAACUAUAUGCAACAGCAACAGGCGCCGGUGAUAGAUGCCGCUAACGGUGGCAAUUGCUCGAGUGUGCUGCACACACAGGUCAUACAGAGCGGUGCAGGCACCAGCAACAGCAAUGGCAAUGGCAACCACAUCAACAGCAGCAACACCAGCCACAACAGCAGCAGCAGCGGCAACACGAACAGUAGUCAGCAUAGCAACAACAUGCACAGCAUCAACAAUGGCCACACGAACAACAGCAGCAGCAGCAGCAUUGUUUCUGCCGCAACAACAGCAACAGUUGCAGGCAGUGCAGCGAGCAGCAAUCUCGCUCAGCAGUUGCUGCGCAAAACUCCCAUCAUACACUCGACGGGCACGCUCAGCUCAGCGUUGGCCAGCGUCGUUCAACAGACGGGCGUUGGUUCGCCGGCGCAAUCGCCAUCAUCUUCAUCCACAUCGUGUUCCUCCUCCACCGUGCUGGUGUCCAAGGCGACGGGUGUGCCGCUAUCGAUUGCCUCAUCGGCGGCACUGGGCGGCUCCACAAUAAUACGCAGCACGCGCAACCAUCAUCAGCAGCAACAGCAACAACAACAGCAGCAGCAGCAGGCGGCGCAGAGCAAUCAGCAACGUGUUGUCGCGGGACAACAGCAACAGCAGCAGCGUAAUAACCACCGAAACCACCACCGACGUCGUCAUUUGGCGGACAUGGACGACGAUGAUGAUGAUGACGAUGACAAUGAUAAUGAGGAUGAGGCGAGCGUGCAACAAAUGCGUGCUGCUGCUGCAACCACAAACGGACAUCAUCAGCAACAACAGCAGCAACAGUUGCAACAGCACUCGAAUCAUAAUCAUAGUCACAGUCAUCAACAUCAACAACAACAGGCGAACAAUCAUCAACAGCAGCACAUCAGCAACAAUCAUCAGCAGCAACAUCCUCAACAGCAACAAGCGCUUCAUCAUCAUCAUCACCAUCACAAUCAUCAUAAUCAUUUCGAUGAUGAUGAUGACGAUGAGAAAUCAUCACCGUCCCUGGCAACAGCCGCAAUCAUCAAAGUCGAACCGAAUCUCUAUUCAUCCGGAUCGGGUGACAAUUCCAACGAUAUGUUCAUCAAGGAGGAGGUGAUGUUUGAAGAUUCCGCCGCACCGCAUUCACCACAAUCGCCGCCGAGUUCGAAAUUUCGCAUCUCGAAUUUCGAUAGCGAUCUUGUCGACGAUCAUGUCGAUCUAAAUCAUUCGCUGCCACCGUACGGUAAUCUCUUUGAACCGCAUUCAAUACGCGACAGCAUCCCGGUGCAAUUGUAUCCCGAUGACGAUGAUGAUUUUCGCUUGGAUCACAGUUCGUUGGGUGGCCUCCAUAAUACAUCAUCGUCGACCACCGAUGGCGAUUUCAUCAAAAAGGAAUGGGUCUAUGGCAGUGCGUCGAGCAGUUAUGCCAUGAAUGGUAAAUUCGAUGACGAUAGCGAUGCGCUCUGCGAUGCCGCCAAUUUCAUCUACAAUUGAUUAAAUUGAAAACAUACGAAAACAUAGAAAAAAAACAAACACUUAAAUGCAUGAGAAGAAAAACACAAAACAAAAUCGAACCAUACAAAUUCAAACUUUUAUAUACAUACACGUAUAUAUACAUACAUCUAUAUAUACAUAUAUAUAUAUAUAUAGUAAUUUGCUAUCUCUGUCGCGCUCGUGAUCUUAACGUGAUCUUAAACUAAAUCAAUGUGUAAAAUGUAUUUGUAACUGUAUUUUGUAGUUGUUUCUAUAAUGGAAAAUCGCGGUAAAGUAAGAUGCAACUGUCUCUUAUCACACACACACACACAAACACACUCGAACACACACACUCACACAGUGUCUGUCUGUCUCCCUCUUUUUAACUGUUUUUCACACACAACAACAAACAACUCGAACAAAAAUCUCUUUCUCUCUCUCUCUCUCUCUGUCUCUCUUUGUGUCUAGCUGUCUUUGUCUUUGUGUGCUAGCUUAUAUUGUUUACUCGCUCACACAGUGUCUCUCUCUCACUCCCACUCACUAUAUCUACCCGUCUCGCUCUUUUGCACGCACUUGAAAAUUGUGUUGAUUUUCGUUUUGAUCUCGUUACAAUUUCUUUUUUUUUUAUUUAAUUUUUUAUAACUAUUCUCUAUUUUGUUUUUCUUUGCGAUUCUUUAACAACUUUUUCAAUAUACUCAAUUUGUGAAUAUAUAUGCGAGUACAGUGAAAACUUGCCUUAAAGAACACAAACUUCUUUAAAAAAAGUGUUUUUGCUGUAUUUGCAUAUAUGCAAAAUUUUAUUUUAUUUUAUAUAACAUAUUUACAUAUAUACAUAAUUUUUUUAAAUGGACGCGUGCAGAAUUCCGCUCCAAGAUUUAUUUGCAGUAUUUUAUCGCCUUUAUAAAAACAAAACAAAAAAGAAAAGAUUCUCAAUGCAUCCAAAAGAAAAAAAAACCUUAAAAAAUGUAAUUUUUAUUUUUUUUUUAAUAUUGUCAGUAUUUUGUUCUUCCAUCCCUCUCCCAGUUCCCCCAAACAAAAAAAAACCAACCCGCUACUAUGCUCCUUCUAUAUAGAGAUAUAUACUUAUAUAUAGCGUAUUAUGAUAUGAUUAAUGUAAUUCUUAAUUCUUUUUUAUGUGCAAUUCUCAAAUACACAGUCUCUGUCCUUCCCCGCUCCCCGCCCCCCACACCACUCUUUGCUAACACAGCUGCUUUAUAAAAUUAAAAUACGAAAAAAAAGAAUAUGAGUAAAAUUAUGAUGAAACGAAGAAUUCGAAUUAUGUAGUCUAACAUUUAAGCAAAAAAAAAACAAAAAAAUGAAAGAAAAAACUUGCAAGUUUUUUUUGUGCUUUAAACUUAAAUUGAAAUUAAUGUGGUUUCCUUAAUUAGCUGCUAAGUUUUUGAUUAAAUUAAUGGAUUAUUUUUUUUACAAAUAAUUUGCAUACACACACACUUACACAUACAUGUUUAAUAUAUAGAGCAUAUAAAUAAGGCACAAUUUCAUUAAUAUAUUUUUUUUGUUAGUCAUAAGCGCAAAAAGCAUGCUUUACACACACACACACACACAAUUGCAUACAAGGCAACUCUAAAUAGCAUAUAGAAUAUAUAUAUAUAUAUAGUCUAUAAUAUAUUUAAUGCUACGUUCAUGAUCUAAGCAUAUAUACAUACAUAUAUAAAACAAAAAAAAAUAAUAAUAUAGAGGUAUAUUUUUUGCAUUUAAUGAAAUUUUUUGUUCUUAUUUUUUUCGUUAUGCCUUUUUAUUUUAUUUUUUGUGUUGUUCGUUUUACUCUUUCGCAUGUAAAUUAAAAAACACGAUUUGCAUAAAAAGUGUUAAAGAAAUAUAUAUAGUAAGAAGAAAACUAAACGAAAUUCAUAUAUAAAUGGAAUACUAAUGAAUAUGGCUAGCAAAAAAGAAGAAAAAAACGUUUACGAAGCUGCGUGGAUGGCAACAAAACGUUAAUGUUGACAAAAAGUUUUAGCGCAAAUUACAAAUUAAAAAAAAAAGAAAAAAAACUUUAAAUCAUAUACAAGCAUUUAAUGUUAAAUAAAGUAAAAAAGGAAAAGUCGUAAGGGAAUGAGAAACGUUUACGAACGCAGAUGUAAAGUAAACGAAAAGUAUUUUGUUUUUCGUUGUUUGGUUUUCAUUCUUAGAACACUACACAUAUAUAAGCAUUAUUAUUAUUAUUAUUGUAGUUGCAAAUGUUAGCUAAAAAAUAAUAGUUGCUAGAGUAGAACAACGUAGAAAACAAAAUAAGAGAAAGAAAUGUUUGAUUUUUGCGUUUCUGCUUUGUUUGCGUCGUUCUUAAACGUUUUUUUUUUUUGUUUGUUUUGUGUCGCUGUGGAUGAAAACAUAAUCGAUGUUUGUUGUUGCUUAACUUUUGUUUGUUAUGCUUAACGUUAGUUGUUUAAAAUUGUUGUUGCAACAACAAGAAUGCAACACACUCAUACACAACACUUCACACACACCAGCAAUAAUAACAACAACAACAACAGCUGCAAGCACUCAUAACAACUAUUUUCAAUUAUGCAUUUUAUGGCUUGCUCCACCAAGGCGCUACAAACCCUACGUCCCUUCCCCUCGAGACCGCCCCCUCACUAAUAGACCACUUCGAAAUGUCUUCCGCACUGUCUUGAGUUACUUUAGAUGAAUAAUCAUAUAAUAUUAUAAAGAGAUUAGUUGAAAUUAAAUGAAGAAUAAACACAUACGUCUGCCAGUUUUUGGGAUACAUAUAUGAAAAGAACGUACAAAACGAAAUGAAUUAAGUUUAAAUAGCAUAGCAAUUUAUUUCAAGUGUAGUUCAGAAAAUCCUUCCCCUUUCCCCCCAGCAGAGAUUCGUCUAGCGUUGUGCGAUUGCAUUGAUUUUCACACAGCUGCAAACUAAUGACAUGGGAAGCGAGUGCAACAAAUUUCAGCAACAGAAACGCGCUGCGAGCUGAGUUCGCAUAGGUUAGUUUUUCCAUUUUUUUUUUUUGCUGGGGAAUUGAUUCGGUAAACAGCACUGCCCACACCCCUUCAUAUAAUAGUUUUCGAAGAAAGUGAGUGAGAGAGAAAGAGCAAAAGCGAGUGAAAGUAAAAGAGAACCGGAGAAAAACACAAAGUUGGGAAACUUUAUCGGACAGCUUGUCUUUACUCAUGCAUAAUUCAGAAAAAAAUUCAAGAGCCGGCAAAAAUCUGAAAACCAGCAACAAAAAAAAACACAAACAAACCAAAAAAAAAAAAAAAAAAGAAACAGAAACACAAAAAAAAUAAAUAAUUUUUGUAUAUGAAAUCUAUUUUAUAUACUGUAACUAGAAGAAGUGAAGAAAAGUGAACAACAAAAGCUGUAUCUCGCCCCACUGCACACACCCACAACACACAGACACGAUUUUUUUCCCGCCCUCCCCUCAAAAAUAAUAAAAAUGGAAAGCCAAUGAAAAACUUCUCAAACACAACAGAAAAUUAAAAAAAAAAACUUUUGCACUUCCUUAACAAAAAACAACACACACAAACAACAACAACAAAAAUAAAAAUCUCAACGACUGCGCACACAAAAAAGUGAACAAAUUUUUUGUAUUAUAUUAAAAAGAAAUAAAAAAGCAAACAAAAAAAUCUCUAUAUAUAUAUAUAUAUAUUGAAAUUCUCUUAAGCGAAAGUAAAACGAAACACUUGAACUUUAAUAUUAUUCGAAGUGUAUGAAAAAACAAAAAAAAAAAAAACAAGUAGCAAGAAGAUGAAGAAGCCAGACGAUCUAGAUGAAAAUGAAAAUACUAUUUUUUAAGUGUAAACCAAGCCUCGAAAAUUUCAAAACAAAAGGCUUGGACGCCAAAUUUUUCUGCAAUACAAAAAAAAAAAAAACUUAAGUAUGAUAUAUAUAAAAAAAAGAAAACUUUAUAGGCAUAUACAUACAUCUAUAUAUAUGUACAAAUACACGCACACAUACACACACACACACACAGUCAAAAACACUGAGAUUGAAAAAAAUUGCAAAUUUUUUUUUUUACUACAAGAAUUACUUAAUGAAUUUAAGCGAACAAAACAUAAAAAAAAAACUUGGGUGAAGUUUUUUUUUUAGAUAAUUGAUAGAAAGAGAAAAAUGAAGAAGAAGAAGAAAGAAACCCGCCACGCCCACAACACAAACACACACACACGAACCCACUCAGCAUUAAAAGAAGCCCAAAAAAAAAAGAAAGAAGAAAACUAUAAUUAAAAAUGAGAAAAAUGUUGUGCGGAAAAAUAUCAAAAGAGCGUAGAAAAAUGUCGUAAAUUCUUUAAUUUAUUUAAACAAAUUUGUGUUUCUUUUAUUUGUUUCGUCUCUCUCUCUCUCUCUGUGUAAAUGUACCUAACAAGAAUGAAAAGAAAAAAAAUGUUAGUCGUGGAAAAUAUUAAACAAUCAGAUCUUAAGACGUCUUCAAUUUGUGGGUUGGUAAAAGAUUAAAAGCAAAAAGCAUUGUAAAGCGAAAAAGGAAUGAAAGAAAUUUAACGAAAACGAAAGCCGAAUGAGAAAGGAAAAUGGAAAUGCAAAUUAUAAAAAAAUAAUAAUCAUAUACACGCAUACAUAUAGUAUAUAUACAUAAAAUACAUUUAAUUAAAUGUGUAGUUCGAACUAAACGUAAAAAAACCAAUCGCAUAAUCUUCUAUUAUUAAUAAUAUUAAUAAUAAUAAUAAUACGAAAUGAAAAAAAUGAAUUGUUUUUAAUGGCCUAAGAUUUAUAUAAAUUAUUACAAAAUACAAAAAACAAAAAAAAAUGAAAGAAAAUUUGUUGUUAAAAAAAAAUAUGAAUGAAAGGGGGAAAAAAACUAAACGAAAGAAAAAUAGCACAAAAGUCGAAUAUACCCUGUAAAACUUGAAUUUUGUUGGAAUUGAUUUUUUGUCGUUUCUCUUUUUUCUCUACAAUUUUGUUGUACUUAUUUUUCUACAUAAAAAAACUGAAAAAGAAAAAAAAAUAUAUAAAAAAAAACCAAAACUAGUAACUGAUCCAGUACGAGUUGAACACGAAGUUUUUUAAAGCAUUUUCGAUAAAUAUUAAAAAACAAAACACAAACAAAAAACAAAAGUGAGAACGAAAUAAACAAGAACAAAAACAACAAAAUAACCAAACAAAGCCGAACAAUUUCAAUCUGAACAAAACCUAAAGCCCACGAAAUAUAUAUUUAAAUAAAUUAUAUAAAUCUAUAUCUAUUUAUAUAGAGACAGAGAAAAGAUGGAAGCGCAGAAGCCGAAGCAAAACACAAAAGCAACAAACAUAUUUAUAUAUAUUAUGAAUGUCUAGUCGUAUUUUCAGUAUUAUACAAAAAAAAAAAAAAAAAAAAAAAAAAAAAAAAACAGAAAAUGUACGUGAAGAAAACAAAUUUUUGAAAAACAUGCGAAAUGGUUAAAAAUAACAAAAGAAAAAUAUAUAUAUAAAACGAUUAAGUGUGUAGCGUGUACAAUAAAAACAAUUAAUAAAAAACGGAAAACAAAAAAAA